AUGUUUGAGACCAUCAUGGUUAAUUCCGAUGCCCAGAACACUUUAGCCUCACGCACUGUGGCCAAUAUGUUUAACGGAAUGGGAUAUCUGAUUCCAUUUCUAGGGGAAUACCCAGCAGGUGCUGAGUUGAUAGUCAAGUUGAUGCCUCUGAUAUUGAAGACAGUACAAUUAAAUGCUCUUAAUGGUGAUGGCGCGGAAUUUACCUUAGUCUUUGCUAUAUUCGAUGCCCUUGCAGAGUAUGUUCCGAGGGCCUUUCACGAUACCGAAGCCGUGGCGAAAUUACUUCUGGAUGCGUCGGCGUGUGAGCAAAUCGAGAAGACAAUUCGACUUCAAUGUAUGUCAUUCAUUUCUGAGUUUAUGCGUGUGAGUAAGACAGAAAUUCUCAGACAGAAUAUGCUGCUGCCCAUCGUAAGAGUUCUAUUUGAAUUGAUAUGCAAGCAACCGGCCGAUAGCGAGGAUGACGAACUGGAUGGCAAUAGUUAUGCGGAGGGGGCCAGUCAUGCCCUCGAUGAGAUAGCCAUGAUUGUGUCAGGUGACCAACUUUUGCCACUCUUGUUUCAGUUAAUGGAGCCGGCUAUCCAAAGUACGAACAAUCUUACUCGUCGGGCAGCGUAUAACUGCAUGGGCACUAUCUCUGAGGGUUGCAUGGAGAUCAUAUGCAAGCAAUACUUGGAAGUAAUGUUGAAUGUCAUCAAAACGGGCACACAGGAUCCCGAUUUGAGUGUGCGCGGUGCUGCUUUCUUUGCCCUGGGUCAGUUCUCGGAGAAUUUUCAGCCUGAUAUCAACAAAUAUUCUCCAGAAAUAUUGACAAUGCUUUUGGAAUAUCUUCGCCAGUUGAUAGGGGAUAUGAAACGAGGAACGGUACCAAUAACCAAACAUGUGGAUCAAUUCUUUUAUGCCUUGGAAAAGUGUUGCGAAUCAAUGGACGAGAUGAUUGACCAUCACUUACCCGGGGUAAUGGAUUGCCUAUUUAAAGCCUUGAAUUCACCACACACGCUUACAUUGAGGUCCUACUGCUUGUCUGCUCUUGCUUCUGUUUCUGGUUCGGGCAAGCUUAUAUUGCCGUAUUUUUCUCAAAUUGUCGCAGUGAUGCAGAAUUAUUUGGUCAAGGACUGUGAUGAGGAGAUCGGUCGGCUACGUAUUAUAGCUAUCAAUACAUGGUCAGUUUAUGUUCGAAUCGUGGGCGAUAAGUUAUGGCGCCUUAUUGCAAGGAAUCGAUGGGCUAUUGCCUACUGA